GCCAGUAAGGUUGCUCCCUUCAAUCGGAAGUUGGAUUUGGUGCCGCUUUCGGAGAACCAGAAGUUUGGCCCUGUUGCGUCUCAGAAUGUAGGUACCCAGAGGAAGUGUAUGUGCAGGUGGGGCUCUCGAAGUCAGGGAAGGAGAGCUCGGUAGAGUGCGGAAGAACCCACAAGGCUGUGAAUCUCUUGGAGUGCAGUCAGUACCUACGCCUCAGAGACUGACAGAAUAUUGAAAUGGCUAUGGCGCAAGCAGUUCUGGGAGGGCGUGGGCUGCACAUACAAUGUGGCAGUGCGUCCUCUUGGAAUGCUAGCUCUCUCAAGAAUGUCCGGCGUGUCUUCUCUGCUGGAGCUUCGUCUGUGGGCUCUUCAAGGGGUGCAUCCGAAGGCAGACGCUGCUCUCUACUAAUCAAAGCCUCGGGAGCGUCAGAGAAGAAUGAGAAACCGCAAAGCCGACGGGAGACAAAGCUUUUUUCACUUGCUCUCCCUGCAAUUCUCGCAACAGUUGUCGUCACCCAGUCUACUGACACCUACUACAAUGACAGUGUGUUCAUUGACACCUUCAAUGACUGGAUGAUGCCUGAGAAGAUGACGAAGGACUUAUACAUGCUUAUUUCAAUGGUUUUCUGCUGGGGUUGCUGCGUGUUUGGAUCCAUGACUGAUCCGUUCUACGAAAGUGAAGAUUAUCGCGGCGCGGGUGGGAACGGAACCAACCAUUGGAUUUAUGAUGUGGAGGAGAUAGAAGAAAUUGAGAAUAGGGAGGAGCUCUUCCGGGAAGCUCUUGUCAAGGAAAUUGAAGGCAAAGUUGGAGAAAUGCGGGAGUUGGAGGGUGCUGGGAAGGACAGAGAGAAGGAGAAGGAGCUUGUUUGAAGAAUUUAUCAAUACUCUCAACAAUUUGCAGAGCUCACAAGUUUAGUCGUCAAUAUAUACUGCUCACUGUGGAAUGAUAGGCGUACAGUUCGACUCUGAUUGCAAUCUCACAAGGUCCUGAAGCAAUGUAGGGUGGAAGGCAACCCUUAUAACCUGUGCUGUAACUUGUAUUAUCUGAUGAGAUGCGGUUUUAAACAUCAGAAGGAUCCCUUCUUUACUGUGCAAACUGCAAA